GCUUGUGUGUUUUAUAUUAAAUCCCCCCACAACCGUCUCCCUACACUUGCUUAUUGGUCUUCAGUGAUUUUUGUGUGUGUGAGUGUGAAUAGGAAGUAAACAGGGACUCAGCGUCAUUAAAAAGGAGCAGAAAAAAAAGGGGAAAGAAUGGAUUUGACCGCCCGCCGCCUCCUGCUUCUUUCACACGGGAGGGGAGCGCUCCGCUCCGGGUAGAGAGAGACACCUCAUUCACUCACUCCCUCAGACAGACGGAGAGAGAGGGGAUACAGAAAGAGAGAGCUAGAGGCAGCGACAACUCCCCAGCACUGCCUUGCCCGGCGACUCGGUAUCCUGCCCUCUGGCACUGCUUUUUAAAUAAAAGCACAACUCUGCAGCUGUGCACCUAUUUCAGAAUGGAACAGACACUUUAACAGCCUCAUCUGGUGACAGUGGGCAGCAGUUGACCAAUUAACCAAUUAAUUCGAACUUCUGGUGACACUCGCUGUGGAUUUAUCUUGCAUUGCAGAUUGGAUUGCAUGGGCUGGUCAUCUCCCAACUUGAAGUUGAAGAGUCUGAAUUCUCGCUCAUAAUUCCUGCCUCGGGGGUUUUGAACUCGACUGCUUUUUGGCAGUGUAAUCUGAUGACCUGCUUUGUUUGGAAACUGGCCUUUGGGAUUGCAGCCUUGAAUAUACAAAGAGUAAACAUACUUUCAAUGACAACCUUUGCUCCCAUCUCCUCCAGGAAUGUUUACCCUCACAGAAGUUGCAUCUCUUAAUGACAUACAGGCAACCUAUCGAAUCCUGAAACCAUGGUGGGAUGUAUUCAUGGAUUAUUUAGCCAUUGUAAUGCUCAUGGUUGCUAUCUUCGCCGGCACAAUGCAGUUGACCAAAGAUCAAGUCGUGUGUCUUCCUGAGCCCCUAUCAGAGGAGAGGUCAGAAACCCAACGCAGUACCGCCGAGAGCCCUACAAAAGUUCCCAAAACAUCCGUCAUGCCAGAUUUAGAAAGCACCAUGUCUUCAAGAGGGAGCCGGAAUCACGCCACUGGGGAAACCUUUGAUGGCUUGCCUCCAUUAACAACUGACCAACCUGAUGAUGGCGAUCAUUCUGGAAGCAAAGGCCCUUUCAAUUUUGGGCGCCCGACGAACUUGGAGUAUCAGCAAUAUAUUUUCAUCAAUCAGAUGUGCUACCAUAUGGCCUUGCCCUGGUAUUCCAAGUACUUUCCCUACCUUGCAUUAAUCCAUACACUAAUCCUGAUGGUCAGCAGCAAUUUUUGGUUCAAGUACCCCAAGACUAGUUCAAAGAUCGAGCACUUUGUUUCCAUACUGGGGAAGUGUUUUGAGUCACCCUGGACCACAAAAGCACUCUCUGAAACUGCAUGUGAGGAUUCGGAGGAGAACAAGCAACGCUUUAAGACCUCUGUGGCAAAGCAUUUAUCGACUGGUAGCGAGGAAGAAAGCCCCAGCUCCAGCACACCCAUGAUAUCCAGGACCGGACCUAAAUUUUCUGCUGAGAAACCAGUUAUUGAAGUUCCCAGCAUGACUAUUUUAGACAAGAAAGAUGGGGAGCAGGCCAAAGCCCUUUUUGAAAAGGUUCGUAAGUUUCGUGCUCAUGUAGAAGACAGUGAUUUGAUAUAUAAACUCUAUGUUGUCCAGACAGUCAUAAAGACGGUAAAGUUAAUGUUCAUUUUAUGUUAUACACUUACUUUUGUGACUUCUAUAAACUUUAAUCAUGUCUGCGAACCAGAGAUAGAACAUUUGACUGGAUAUGCUCAGUUUUACUGUACUCACAACAUGGCUUUCAUGCUGCGAAAACUAUUAAUUAGUUAUAUUGCACUCAUAUGUGUUUAUGGGCUGGUUUGUAUAUAUACUUUGUUUUGGCUGUUUAGGCGGCCCUUGAAGGAAUACUCAUUUGAAAAGGUCCGUGAAGAAAGUAGUUUUAGUGACAUUCCAGAUGUUAAAAAUGACUUUGCAUUUCUGCUACAUAUGGUCGACCAGUAUGACCAACUUUAUUCAAAGCGCUUUGGAGUCUUCCUGUCAGAGGUGAGUGAAAACAAACUGCGAGAGCUCAGUUUGAACCACGAGUGGACAUAUGAAAAACUCAAACAGCACGUCUCUAGGAAUCCUCAGGACAAGCAAGAGCUGCACCUCUUUAUGCUUUCUGGGGUGCCUGAUGCAGUGUUUGACAUGACUGAACUGGAGAUACUGAAACUGGAGUUGAUUCCAGAGGCAAAGAUUCCUGCCAAAAUUUCCCAAAUGACCAACCUUCAGGAGCUGCACCUUUACCACUGCCCUGCUAAAGUGGAGCAAACUGCCUUCAGUUUCCUCCGGGACCACCUUAGGUACCUGCACAUCAAGUUCACUGAUGUCGCAGAAAUUCCCACCUGGGUCUAUCUGCUUAAAAACCUGCGUGAACUGUACCUAGUUGGUAAUCUAAACUCGGAAAAUAAUAAGAUGAUAGCUCUAGAGUCACUGCGAGAAUUGAAGCACCUGAAGAUCUUGCAUCUGAAGAGCAAUCUGACCAAAAUUCCUUCGAACAUCACUGACGUUGCACCUCAUCUCACUGCUCUGCUGGUUCACAAUGAUGGAACAAAACUCUUGGUUCUGAACAGCUUGAAGAAAAUGAUUAAUCUCACUGAGCUGGAACUGCAGAACUGUGAGCUGGAACGAAUCCCACAUGCCAUUUUCAGCUUGACCAACUUGCAGGAACUGGACUUGAAGUCCAACAAUAUUCGCACAAUCGAAGAGGUGAUAAGUUUUCAACAUCUGAAGCGCUUGACAUGCCUAAAGCUGUGGCACAACAAAAUCAUCACCAUUCCUUCAUCCAUCAGUCUGGUGAAGAACCUUGAGUUGCUUUACCUUUCUCAGAAUAAACUGGAAUCUCUCCCAGCAGCGCUCUUCACUUUGCAGAAGCUAAGAUAUCUCGAUGUAAGUCAUAAUUCCAUUGCUGUCAUUCCAGUGGAGAUCAUGUCCCUCCAGAAUUUACAGUAUUUUGCAGUGACAGGAAACAGAGUGGAAAUUUUGCCAAAGCAGGUAUUUAAGUGCACAAAGUUGCGGGUUUUGAACGUGGGCCAAAACUGCAUCACUUCCAUUUCAGAAAAGAUUGGCCAGCUAGUGCAGCUAACACAGCUAGAGCUGAAAGGGAACUGCCUGGAUAGACUUCCAGCAGAGUUAGUCCACUGCCGCCUUCUGAAGAAAAGUGGGCUUGUCGUUGAGGAUCACCUCUUUGACACCCUGCCCUCUGAGACUAAAGACCUCUUUAAUCAAGACUUUAACUCAAACUCGACAUUUGGCACAGGAAUAUAAAUUAUUGUAGCAGCUUCAGGACUGAAUAUUUGUUUGCUUGUUAACUGGAAAAAUAUGUAUAAAAUAGAUCAAGGUACUUAAACAUGGCAAGUGUUUAAAAACUAGUUAAGGGUGAUGCUAGUUUUUUUUUUGCCCUGAUAAAGCGCUCAAAUCAUUGUAAUAAAUUGUAACCAAUUAACUAACUGUUGGUCACUGGCUGUCUUACACAAGUUUGUUAAUGACUGAAUAUUUGUUCAUAUAUCUUUGUUUUGUAAAUGGACUUGAUUUUAAUUUAUUCUUUGACAUUUUAAAAAGAAAAGUUUUUUGAUUUUUUAUAACCUGUCCAAGAGUGCUGUCUAGCUCCAAAUGCAUGGCCUCUUUCAACUUUGCUGAUCUGGCCUUUACAAGAUUUGUGAGUGGAGCACUAGUCCAUGUUAAAAUUUUCAUUUCAUUUCCCUCCUUGAGGGAUCCUGCAGCUUAGCUCCUUUCCUUUUUUGUAGCCGUUUUACAAUCAGAAGUUUCAAGUUGAACAGAAAACCUGUAUUUUUGUCUUUCUGUAUCACGUCAUCUGUCUUUGUCCAUGUUUCUGUAGGAAGAGGGUUGAGUUGCAGGUUCUCAAUUGUGGGGUCUAGCGCACACACCUUGCCAAUAUCUAGGUUCUAGCACCAAUUUCAGCUGUUUCUAAAUAAAGGAAAACAAACUUACUUCAAAGUAAUUUUUUUAUUUGUUCUAAUGAAGGAAGUGCUAAGGAGUCUAAUUUGAGUAAAGCCCUCUGAGUAGUGCUACUCACCUUUUUUAAUAUGUCAGUAUACCCAUCCUCAAAGAGGUGGCUUCAGCCUAGCAAACUGACCAGUCACGUUGGACCUCAACACCUAAAAAUCCCUUUUUGAUAAACUUUAAUCAAGGUACGUGUUCAGUGUUUCAGUUUGAUUUUAUAACAGUAGUGCUUUGUAUUGGUGUUGAUACCAACCCUUGGGCAAAGGUCGAAAUAGGAGGGGGGCAUAAAAGAAACGUGAAUACUGGUAGCUUUUCACCUAUUUGGCCAUCUCAAAAGCAAUCUAUUGAUGCACUGGAUUUUCUGGAAGUGAAUGUGGUUGCUCUGGGAUGCACCUUUAGCUGUCCUCCUCCAAUAUAUGGCGUGCUUGGUUCUAAAGGAGUCCUGAAAUUAUACCAAAUACUUCACUUAAAUUAAAGAUCCCAGCUAGAAGGGAUUAAAACAAAAUUUUCAGUACUUAUGUAAAACACAUUCUAUGGCCUUUUCUGGUUUUCAAGUGUUGGGAAAUGCCAGCGAAACUUUCAAUGGCCUGUUGUUAGCUGGCUGAAGGGCAUAAGAAUGCAGAAAUCUGAUUAAAAAGAGCUUUUUGUUGAGAAAAAUAUAAUUUUGUUAAUUGGCAUGAGUUGCAGAGAUUUAUGAAUGAAGGGGACUUCCAAUUUUGUUAUCAUAUCUCCAUAAAAACCAGAAUAGAACUCCCUACAAAUACAGUUCUGUGACCCAAGAACUUAGCUGGAAUCCACACCCUGUUAUGUCUGCAAUUGUUUGGAGCUUGUGUUUUUCUGUGUCUCUGUACCCUUGCAACUGAAUAAUCCAUAGUGAUGAAACUGUAGGCAAAGUACAUUAAUAUAUGGAAAAGAGGAUGAGAUGAGAAUUUUAAUGAUGUCUGAGGCAAUGAGGAAUUGAGUCUGAAAAGGAGACCAUUACUCUCUUCUAUGAUGGGACUACAAAAAGAUCAAUAUCAUUGGUCGGUGCUUCCAACUGUUCAAAACUGCAUCUUGGAAAGAAAUUACAAAUAUAUAGUGCCUUUCAUAUUUUCAGGACUUCAUAAACAAUGAACCAUUACUUGCUGUGUAAUUAGUAGCACAAUGUAGAUAUUUAUAUACUGCACAGUCCUUUACUCGUUUUUUUCAGGAAAAAGUGAUGAAAAUGGUCCAGUAAAUUAACAAGAUCUAAACUAAAAAGCAAUCUACAACUUGUCCAUCAGCAUCCAGAAAUAUAAAAGCUUAAAAGUUUUAGAUACAGGCUCUGUCAGAACCGAAUGUCUUUCUCUGGACGUUCACCGACCAGAUGUUUAUUUCCAGAAUCUAGACGUCUUUGAAUAUAAAUAUUACCUUUGGUGAAACCCAUAGAUAAUCUUUUAAGCAACGUUCAUAAUCGUGCUAAUACUGCCAUUAAGCUGUGAACUGAGCAAUAUCAUACAAACAAGUUUAUGGUUUGUCCUGCUAUUACCAAUAUAACGACCUGGACCCUAGAUUAAGGUCCUUGCAACCUCCAGUCAAGAUGUCAAAAAUCUGCAAUUAAGAAGACUUGCAUUUUGAAAGUGAUGAAAUCAAGUUUUAAAAAAAAAUUGUGCUAGGUUGUAGAUAUUGGAGGAAUGUUGAUUAAUUGGGGUUUUCUUUUAGUUGAUAUACUGUGCCUGCAUCUUUGCAAAAGCAGAUCAGUUUACUCAAGCACAAUGUGUAAUCAGAAGAAAAAAAAAAGGACAGCAGAUCUUUCAUGGUAAAUGCAUUUACCAGGAACCCAGAUGCGUAUGUGAGAGAGAAAUAGAUUUAUGGGUAUGCUGGUAGAGUUAAAGCAACGUAGGAUGUGAGGAGGUUCAUGGAGCACAAGAACUGGCAUAGUCAAAUUGGGUCAACUGUGCUGUACAUCAUGUAACUAUAGGUAAGAAUUCAGAGAAUCUUGUUAGUAUGUCCAGUCCUAUUGCUGACCAAAUGCUACACGUUCUCCUGCUGAGUUGUUUCCAGAGUAGAUCUGUGGUGCGAUGAUCAGCAUUUAUCUACUUCAGGACAUAGUUUCUUAUGCUCUAUUUGGACACACAAAAACCUGUUUGGUUCAGCACAAAAUUGGCUUUGUACACAUGUUGAAAAUUCAUCUUCCAGAUAGCUGAGAGGUUUUAGUUCACAAGUUUGAAGAGUAAAUGUGCUCAAAGAUUCUGUAUAAAGUGCCAUACUCUAUGCCACGUGGUUUAUUUGAACGUGUGUUUACUAUGUGGAUGCAAUGCCGUGACAAGUGCAAGAAUAUAUUUGUUUUUUCAAUCGGUUAUUUGGGAACAUUCCAAGUCCAGAAAAAAAAACACAUGCAAAUGACACAAAUUCUGGUCCAGAAUUUGACAGUCAAUGCUCUGUUCAAAUUGGGAAAUGACCUAUUUUUGUUUAAAUCAGGAACACCAAUUGGACACUAUGGACAGAGGCAUUUUUACAUACUGAACAAUUACAAUUUUAAUUGUAAUGCAAAUAAAAGAUCUCUAUUUUUGAUUUUUUUUUCUAAAUGACCUGAAUGAAUGUGGACCCACAUCUUACCUGUAUGGUUUGACUGUACUGCAUUAUAAAGUUUAUUCUUUGUUUUUGCUGCUAAUACAUAUUUUUGGAUGUUUUAAAGAUAUUGAGAAAGAGGUUGAUCUCUGAUGGUGAUGAUAAAACAGACAUUAUUGGGAUGACUAUCCAAUAUCCACCCAGCCUGAUGCUCAGUUCUGUUGUAAUCAAUGGAAUUAAAUAUCAAGUGCUGUACA